AUCUUAGCGUAUGUUGCAAAUGUUCUUGCUUACAAAAGUGACGGAGUUUAGUGCGCGUGAACUCAGCAAAGAAUUUAUUUUGUGCUCAAUUUUCUUUUUAUUCUUUUCGGCCUAAUUAACUGAAAAAAGGGCAAAAUAAACAUCUCCCAGAUUGGCCUUUGAUCAGAAAAAAGUUUUUGUCGGAACGGGGGGUGAGUGAGCAGCUUGCGCAGGCCGCAACGCAAUGCCAGUAUCUUUUGGGAGCUUCGCUGGGAAUGUGGAGCAACUGUAGCUCACCAGUUUCUGUGUUGGAAAUUUUUGGAUUGAAUUUUGAGGAUUCUCUUUGGUUGGUGUGUUAAAUCAAUUUGAGAGGAGAGUUUUGAAGAAACGUGCGCGCGUCUCCCAUCCACAUUAUGCUCCUGCUGCGAAAGCGGAAAUUUAUCAAGAGGUGAAUGAAACUGAAUUUGCCCAUCUUUGAAAAAAAGAGUAGGAAGACACACGGACAUAGGGGUGGAAGAACUUUCUUUGUUUAUUUGCCUUUCAAUUGAUUCGGGAAGGAGGAAGAACAAAGAGAAUUAGUGAGAAGGCAUCCCUUCAAUGCGGUGAGAGGUGGUGUUGUGUCCAUCCAGGAGAAAAAAAAGGAUCUUGCAAAAAAAUAAAUUAAAAUAGUUUUGUAGUGAUUCCCGAUUGAGAUCCUGAACAGAAAUUAAUUCAAAAAAAAAAAAAACUGAAGACUUGGCAAAAAUGUCUAGUCUCACAAUUCACCGAAUCAUUAAUAAUCUCUUUUCGUCGACGGUGCUUCCCGGAUUGUUUGUCUUUGCUUGGCUGGCCGGUUUCAUUUCAUUGGUUACACUGAAAGUCUGCCUUGUGGGUUUUGUGAUUUUCUUCAUAAUAUUGCCGCUCAUCUUUAGAUUUUGCGUUCCUCUACAGCGUGGAAUCCUUUUCUUGACCUUCAUAACUUACCCACCUAAUAUUGACUUCAGUCGUCCUGAAAAAUCGGGUCUAACUGGAGUGCGUAAUCUGUACGUGACCCACCGCGAUGAGGAGGAGAAUUGUGACAUAAAUUUGGGCGUUUGGCAUAUUUUGCCGGGUUUUGUGGUACGUCGUAUGCACCAUCAACUCGGUGUGUCCGUGGAGAGCACAAAGAAUGUGUCUGAUAGUGAAUCAGACGUGAUCCCGGCACCCGUGGAGGAUGCCCUAAAUGGCCUAGCGGAGCGCUUUGUUGACCCAAUUGGGGAUGAGAGGAAGAAUGAAUUUUUCGAGGAAGUUUUAGCCAAAGUUCCCGGAGGUGUUGUGCUGUAUUUACAUGGGAAUACAGCAUCAAGGGCGGCACCGCAUCGUGUUGAGCUGUUUCAGGUGCUCCAACGGAUGGGCUAUCAUGUCGUAGCGCUGGAUUAUCGUGGCUAUGGGGAUUCUGGGCGUGUUUCACCCACGGAAAAUGGGGUUGUUCGUGAUGCAUUAGCUGUUUACAAGUACAUUCGACAAUUGACACCAAAUCCCAUCUUUCUGUGGGGCCAUUCACUCGGCACAGGUGUCUCAACGCACCUCCUGUCCGUGAUGCAGAAGCAACAAAUUCCCGCGCCACCAGCUGUUGUACUCGAGAGUCCCUUCAAUAAUAUUCGCGAGGAAAUUCGGGAGCAUCCCUUCUCGAAAUUCUUCCGACAUCUGCCGUGGUUUGAUUUUACAAUUUCCGAACCAAUGUACCGGAAUAGUUUACGAUUUGAGUCUGACGUGCACAUUGGGGAAUUCCCACAGCCAAUACUCAUUCUCCAUGCUGAGGAUGAUCUCGUGGUGCCCUUCAAAUUAGGCUACAAACUCUACCGACGUGCCCUGGAUGUGCGAAAGAAGAACUGGGGCCCCGUGGAGUUUCAUCGUUUUGAAGGUUCCAGCCACUAUGGGCACAAAUACAUUUGUCGCGCACCAAAUCUUCCUGAAAUUGUGAGGAAAUUCUUCGACACCUACCGCAAUGAGGUGUUUUAGAUUCAAGUGAGAGAGCGAGGGAAGAAGGAUAAAAAAAAGUGAAAGGGAGAAUAGUUGAGGGUUGUAGUCUCCUCAUCCAAAAUGUAUAAAGUCAAUUUGAUGAAUGUCAUUAAAAUUAAGUGUAUUGAUUGUUAGAAA